UGGAAAAAUUUGUAACUAUAGGAUUAGAGACUGUUUGUUUGGUUGUAAUUUUGGCUACGUUUUCUGUGUAGAGUUUUGUUCCUUUUCUUUGGUGCCUUUGGUGGGUUUAUUCUUAUUUUGUAGAGAUUAUGAAAAUUUAGUUUUGGUUUCUUCAAUUUCUUCUUGAAGAUGAUUGAAAAGUUGUAAUUUUACUAUUGUACUUUAUUGCUCUACAAUUGGGAUUGGUUUGGCUCGGUAGUUCUUUUGGUUUGCAGUGUGGCUCCUAUGAUGGAAUGGACUGAUGUUCACUACAGGACUAUGGCCCGCCUCAUAUCCAAGCAUGCCUGGCUCUACACUGAGAUGCUUGCUGCCGAAACCAUUGUCUAUCAGAAGGACAAUCUAGACAGAUUCUUGUACUUUCCUUCGGAACAGCAUCCUAUUGUUCUAGAAAUUGGUGGCAGUAAUUUAGAAAACCUGGCAAAAGCUACUCAACUUGCUGAUAUUUACAAAUAUGAUGGGAUCAAUUUUAAAUACGAGUACUUUUAUGGCCUCUUGCGUGACUUAAACACUAUUGAUGAGGUCAAUGCAGCUAGGAAAGCAGGAGCUCAUGGUGUAAUGGUUAAUCUGCUCUAUGAUGUACGAUUUCUUUAUGGGAAAUGGUUGCCAUGUGACAUCAUAUCAAGCUAUCAUCAGCCCCUUCAAGUAUGCAUGUAAUCAAUCUGAAGACAAUUCUAAUCUAGCUAGCAUGUUCUAUAUUUGAAAAUUAUUUUAAUUAAUUAUACUAAUGAUUUUGUAAUAUGAAGUUAUUUAAUUGAUAUAAUUUACUACAUGAAUGCUUUUGUUUACUAUGCUUGAAUGAAAGGGUUUAAUUGAAAGUAUUGUCUAUUAGGA